AUGGCUGGCAAUGGUGCUAGCUUCGAGAUACGAAAUGAGAUACGCAUCCCUCAACGGGAUGGUAUGACAUCCUCAGCUUCACCCGUGGGCACACUCAGAAAGGAACCAGCACAAAUAGUUCCUCUCCAGCAAAGACCUCUGCAGGGUCCUCCACAACCUACAGAGACACCUGAUGAUACCACGCCAACUAGUGCCCUCGUCAACAACCUGCUACGCAAGGUUCAACGACAAACAUCGUUAAUCGACGAACAGAAUCGACGCCUGAUGGAUCAUGAGCAAACGCGCCAACUAGUUCGAACCAAACAGACUCCUUUCCCAGUACGUAGCAGCAGAGGAAGGAGCCCUCGCCAAUCACGUUUCAGAUCCCUCCGACACUCAGUAAGAGUCAUGUCUCUGAGUUACACCAGAAGAUCGACGAGAAGGAGGUCACCCAGAAGAUCUCCUCCUAGGCGAUCUCCCCUUAGAAGAUCCCCUCCUCGCCGGUCUCCUCCAAGGGGAUCUCCACCAAGGCGUAACAAGCGCUCUUGGUUAUCCUCUAGCUCUGAGGAUACUCGUGAUGCCCGGAAUGACCGUAACGCUUACGGCCCAUUCACACGACGCAUCUGA